AUGAAAUCGCCUCUGUCCUCUCGCUUCCAGAACAUGAACCCCAUGAAGCUGCUACCGCUCAAGACCAGCUUCUCCUAUGAGCAGCUGCCUGGCUACGACAAUGGCACGCCGCUCAAGAAGUAUCGCUGGCGCUCGCCGAGCCCGGGCGGCGACCGCUUCAUCUUGCCCAAGCUGAGCUUCUCGCGAGCCAUCCUGUUCGCCAUCACCGCCGUCUUUUGCAUCGGCCUGCUCGCAACCGGCGGCUACAGGCGGCAUCAGCGCAUGAUACACCAGCAACCACCCCCACGCGAGCUCUUCGCCUGGGAGCACUUCCCCAGAUUAAAUGGCUACUACAACGGCCUGCGCACCCUCGUCUCUUACAAGGACUACGUCCCCGAGCAGGCCUACGUGAGAGCCGAAUCCGAGGCUCCUCUGGACACCUUUGCGUCCACCACGCAGAAAGCCAAGGCCCACACCGGUCCCGAACCAUCGCCCUCUGCCCGGCCCUUCCCCUUCAACCCUUAUCCUGAGUGGACGUCUCCCGAAUACCUGAAGGAGUAUCACCCUGUGGAAGAGUGCUACCUGGACGAGGGCUUGAAGACCCAGACCCCCGACAUCUACGCGUACCCUGGUAUCCCCCAGAAUACGACCAAGCCAUUCUUCGGCUCCUACGAGCAGCUUGGCAUCUCCCAGGAUAUGUGCUACGAGCGUUUUGGUCGCCUGAGCCCCUACGGCUACGGCUAUCCCCACGAAGAGGGUGGCGUUGGCCUGGCCGAUAACUCGGAGAACGUUGGCGCCGAGAGAGUCUGGGACAUGCUCAACCAGAAGAAGGUGGAUUGGAGAAACGUCGACUGGGGCCGUGCCCAGAGUGCCUGCUACGAGAAGAACAGAGUCCGCUUCGAGAAGGACGCCACAACCAAGGAUGGCCAAAAGCCCGCUCCUGGAAAGAAGCUGAGGCAACGCACUGCCUAUGUUCUGCGCACCUGGACCGGUUACCAGUAUUCGGAAUGGCAGCUGCUCAGCUUGCGGGCCAUGAUCAACGAGCUGUCGCUGAAAUCGGGUGGUGAGUACGACGUUCAUCUGCUCGUUCACGUCAAGGAUGAUAGCAUUCCUAUCUGGGCUUCCGAUGCCAUCUACCAACGCACGCUUGAGGAGAACGUGCCAAAGGAGUUCUGGGGCAUUGCUACUCUCUGGUCAGAGCAGCAAAUGCGUACAUACUACCCCGAGCCCUUCACCGACAACCUCGAGAACGACUCAGGUCUUCCUGUCCACAGCGUUUACCGUGGUGCCCACUUUGCUCUUCAGUGGUUCGCCCAGCAGCAUCCCGAGUAUGACUUUUUCUGGAACUGGGAAAUGGAUUUGCGAUACACCGGCCACUACUACGAGUUCCAUGAGAAGCUUGGCCAGUGGGGAAAGCGCCAGCCGCGCAAGGGCGCCUGGGAGCGCAGUUCCAAGUUCUAUAUGCCUGACGUCCACGGCACUUGGCAGAACUUCACUGAGAUGGUUGAGGCGGAGAUCGCCGCUUCUGACACGCCUCCGGUCUGGGGACCCCCGAACUACGAGGCCAAGGAAAAGAUCCCUUCGCCCCCGGGCACCACGCCUCCCACUUCCUAUGAGCAGGACAACUACCAAUGGGGCGUGGGCGAGGAUGCUGACCUUAUCACCUUCAACCCCUUCUUUGACCCUGAGAAGACCAACUGGGUGUUCCGCCAUGACAUCACUGGAUACGAUCUUUCGCUUCCUCCGCCUCCCCGUCGCGUAGCCAUCAUUACCGUUGCGCGUCUUUCCAAGCGCCUCCUCAACCUCAUGCAUGAAGAGACUUUCCGCCUUCGUCACACCAUGUUCCCGGAGAUGUGGCCGCCGACUGUUGCGUAUCACCAUGGUCUGAAGUCCGUCUACGCCCCGCACCCUGUUUACUUCGACCGCAACUGGGAUCUCGAUUACAUGAACCAGAUUUUCAACUACCCGAAGAAGGAGAUUGACAGCCCCUUUGGCUGGGGUGAGCAUAACCUCCUCGGCAGUUCUUUCUACUACAACUCUGGUUUCUCCGGCGCUCUCUGGAGACGGUGGCUAGGCGCCUCCGAGAAUGAAGAGGGUGGACGCUACGAAGAAGAGAACGGCAGCGGCCGCAUGUGCUUGAGGGGCAUCCUGUUCCACCCCAUCAAGUUCGAGAGAGGAGAAUAA